AUGGUGGACGGAAACCUCUUCAUCCCCCUCUCUCCGCCUAGCUCGCCGCGCAUGUCUGCAUACAGCACGACUCCUGCAGACAACGAGUGGCACACAGACAUCAAAUCCUUGGAGAGCUCAUCGACAUCUGAGAGCGACAUGGCGCUGCUUCAAGCCGAAGUGAAUGGUCACAACUUCGACUUGAAGCGUCCCAUGCUGCGAACCCAUAAGAGCUUUCCAUUCGCUCUUGAUGGCAAGCAUGCAAGCUCGCCUGCACGAGAGCGCAUCAGCAUCAGCAACAUCGAUGAGAUUGAGUCGAACGACAUGCCUACAGUAACCUUUGGAGGUUCAGCACCCGCGAGUCCCGUAUCGAGGUUGACUCCUCCAUCACCUCAUGACGGUCUUUGCGGAGAUGAUAUCAAGGUGGAGGGCGACGAGAUCAUCACCGAAGAAAAAGACGAGGAUGCCGAAGAGUCUAAGGACACGGACAAGCCUCCUAUGACCGCCGCAGAGAUCCGGGCCCAGAAACGCAAGAUGAAGAGGUUUAGACUUACCCACAAUCAGACACGGUUCCUGAUGAGUGAGUUCGCACGACAAGCUCAUCCUGAUGCCGCCCAUCGAGAGCGACUCGCCCGUGAAAUCCCCGGCCUGAGCCCUCGACAAGUACAGGUCUGGUUCCAGAACAGGAGAGCGAAACUCAAGCGACUUACAAGCGACGACCGUGAACGCAUGAUGCGAUCAAGAGCGCUGCCUGAGGACUUCGACAUGGCCCAGGCUCUGCAUUCGCCUUUCGGCAACACCCACGGCUUGGGAACACCUCUGGCCUCUCCCGGCUCCUACGCACCCUCCUUCCCCGAAGGAAACAUGAUGCGGCCCCUGAGCAUUGAUACCUUGAGGCGUGGCCCCAUUGACUCCCAUAUCUCACCUACCGGAAUUAGCCCUGCCUUUGGUGGCUUCACAUUCACACCUCCACAGUCAGCAACUGAUACGCUGUCUCCUAUUUCCAGCCACGGAGACUCCCCCUUCGGCUUCCAUUCCAGUGGAUUGGACACCAGCCCUCGAACGUCGAACCCUUUCUCCUCUUCAAUCACUGCAUCGCCGGCUUAUGCGGCGCACCACAGCAUUCCGAGGCUUUCUUUGCAUGCUGACCGUCUUGCAAGAAGUCGCGCUGAAUCAUUGUCGACGCCUUUGAGGGCCAGCAUGAGCUAUACGAGUGGCGACAGCCUCACGAGCUCCCAUGAUUCCAGCAGCCACCUGCCUUACGGAAUCGGUUACUCCUACUCGCCUGUCCCGGGAUUCCAGGCCAGUUCGUCAAGGAUGCGCUCAUUUUCCAGCAGCGUCCCGCGUCGCAUCGAACUGAGCUCGCAUUACACGCCAAGUCGCAGUGUAACCACACCGCAAACGGCCACCUUCCCAACAUACACCAGCUCCCCGCUUGUGACACCUCAGAGUUUUGCGAUACCUCAACUAAGUGCGCCACACCACAUGACUUCUUUUCCCAACUCGUAUUUACGAAACGAUUCUUCGCAAUCAGAGCAGUACCCCGGUGCGGGGGCGAUAUUGGGAGAGGUCCUCGAUAACUCAAGUCACACCGACGACGACCACGACAGUCAUUACUGA